AACAUUUCAGCAAUUUAACGCUUAAAUGGUCCUUUUAUCUUGUUAUUUUAUCCGUCGUAAAGCAGAAUGUAGCGACAUUUUUACGACUGUGGUGUGACGUCAUUAUCGUAAAGCUAAAGACGUUGUCGGUAAAUAAAGGUUUAGCUUUUUAUUGUUGAUGUCCUUUUUUUCUUAAUAUUCAGGAUUGUUUAAUGUACGUGAGUUAAUUGAACAACAGGAUAUCGUAUGUUGAACAAUCGUACCAAACAUGUCCGGUGAUAGUCAGCUAACAGUUUCACAUUGCUAGCUGUGUUCCUACAUAUUGCACAGAGCAGCUGUCUUUUAGCUUAACGCUAACGUCGGCUAGCGUUCACUGUUAACGUUACAGCUUGCACUUCAAAUCUAUCCACCAAGGCAUGUUCCUGUGGCACAACUAUAUGCAUUAAACUGUUUUCCGAACUGCGCGUGUCAAAAGCUACGUUAGAUCCAUGCGAGAUGUCAGCGCAAAAGGAUUGCGAGUUUUUGGUGAAGAGAGCCCGGGAGUUGGUCUCUGACGAUCCCUGUGCGGCCAAAGCCUGGCUGAUAACGGCCAGAACCCUUUACCCUGCAGACUUCAACAUACAGUAUGAAAUGUACAUCAUUGAACGCAACGCGGAGAGGACGGCCUCAGCGGGCAGACUGCUGUACGACAUGUUCAUUAACUUCCCAGAUCAGCCCAUCGUGUGGCGAGAGAUCAGCGUCAUCACGGCGGCACUGCGUAGUGACUCGCAGGACAAACAUGCACAGUUUCUACGAGGUGUUUUUGAGACGUUGCCUGGCCGCGUGCAGUGUGAGAUGCUGCUGAAAGCCACGGAGCAGUGUUUCAACACUUUGGAGAAGGCGGAGAUGUUGCUCCUCUUUCUCAAGCGCUUCCCCGAGUCUGUGGUUCAACACGGAAUCAAUCUAGGAGAAAAACUGUUAGAGGCGGAGGCAUCGGACAAUGUGGAGACGCCCGUCAACUGCUUCAGAAAGCUUUUUGUGUGCGAUGUCCUUCCUUUGGUCGUAAACAACAUGGACAUGCGCCUGCCGGCCAGCCUGAUGCAGAAGUACAUGCUGAAAGCAGCUGAAUUCUACAUCGGCUACGUCACCCGGGGGCCCUCGCCGGAUGUACAGAUACAAGGCUCCCAGGAAGGUGCGUCUCUGAAGUCACCCGCUGCGUCCCGUGGCUCUCAGCGUCAUGUGAUUGACGGUCUGUCGGAAAAAUCGUCCGUGGUAGCAGAACCGUGGGAGAGGCUGUUGGACAUCCUCGCCGUGGUCGGAGCGCGCUGCGAGUGGCAGGGAGACAAGGGACAGAGCUACGUGGACAUGCUGCAGAGAGUGAAGGAGCUGUGUCGCUACCUGCCCGGCCUGGAAGGAGACACGCGGUCCCGCUGCUGCAGUCAAGUGGUCAUUUGUGCUGCGCUCGUCCUCUUCCGCAGCGCCUUCCUGUACGUCUCGGCUGUGCAGCCGGCGCUGUUCCAGGGUGUGAAUGCAUUGAGCUCGGGGCCGUGGAUCCUUGUGGAGGACUUGAGCUCGGUGUAUAAUGAUGUGGAGAUGGAAAGGGGAGCGGUGAAACAUGCACAUAAGAAACGCAAACUGGCCGAUGGGCGAGAGAAGACAAUGAGCUCUGAUGACGAGGAAGGUUCGGGAAAAGGUCGCGGUCGACACAUUUCGGUGAACAAGACGGAGAUGCCCGGCUGGUCGGAGACCCUGGAGAGCUUUCGCACGGCGAGGGAGAGCUGGGACCUUCUUCACUCCCACGAUGGCCUGGAAAGCGAGUUCAAGAAGAUCUGUGCCUCUUGGAAGACAGACAGCUGGCUGUGGUUCAGAAUAUUCCUCACCGACACAAUCAUUUACCAGGGACAGUACCGUAAGGCCCUCUCUAGCCUGCACCAGAUGGCUGCAGGGCAGCAGCCUCUGCCUGGACAGCAGAGCCCCUCAGGUCAGGGCAGCCUGGAGCACCACAGGGCCCUCAUACAGCAGGCGUCCUGCCAUUACGCACUGGGAGAGUACCGGAUGGCCUGUGAGAAGCUGCUUGAGGUUGUCGGGGCUCUGAUGCCCCCGAGCCAGGAACCGACUAAGACUUCAGAAGAUCAAGGCAGAGUCAAGACCCGGAUGAGGAAAGGUAGCGACCUGAGACUGCUUCCCUGCACCACCAAAGCUAUGUUACCUUUCUGUCUGCAGCUGAUGUUGGCCUGCUUCAAGCUCCGCGCCUUCACAGACCUUCGCGACGACCUGUCCCUCGGCCACGUGGUGGUGCUGCUGCAGCACGACUGGCCACAGGGCGAGAGGCUGUUCUUGAAGACGCUGGAAAAGAUCUGCCAUCAGGGCAGUUUCCAGUAUGAGAAUUUCUUCAACUAUGUCACCAACAUUGACAUGUUGGAGGAGUUUGCAUACCUGCGUACUCCAGAGGGCGGCAGGAUUCAACUGGAGCUCCUUCCCAAUCAGGGAAUGCUGAUAAAGAACCCCAGCCCCGCCCUGGGGGCGGAGUUAAAUACCCUUCUGCUGCAAGGGGUGCAGACAAUGGACAGACACCACACUGUGACUCGUGGGAUCACCAAGGGAGUGAAGGAAGAUUUCCGUCUGGCCAUGGAGAGGCAGGUGUCGCGUUGUGGGGAGAACCUGUUCAGUGUGCUCCAUCGUUUCUGCAUCAACGAGAAAAUCAUCAUCAUCCAGUCGCUCCCUUGACACCUUUUUGUGGCAGCUGGACCGACGUUAUGCCUCCAACACAGGACACAUUUCUAACGAAAAACAUUGCUUGCCUUGUAAGGGAACCUCUCUUUUCAGGGAGUAGGUGAGAAUACUGGUUUUCUGAAUAUACAGUACUCAUGCCAUUAACAUAGUAUGUGUGUGGUUUUCUUCUCAACGUGUGCAAAACCAAAUUUGAAGUGUUUAUAAUCAAAUUGUGAUAUUUGUGGGAGUCAACAUUCACAAAAGAAUUGAGUGUAUUUUUGAUAUUCCUGAGUAAAGUUUAUUGUUUUUGUUACAAACUUGAUGUUAGUUCAUAUAAAUGUUUCCAUUAAAUGUC